UACGUACGGUUUGAACAGAUUAGAUUUCAAAACUUGACCAAAAGUUUUAUUUGUGAUUAUUUCCAAUUCAUUUUCUCUGCUAUUGCUAAGGCGACAAAUUCAGCUUGGUACAACAAUUUCUGGUUUUUAUUGAGUAUUCUGUUGAUUAGACCACAUUGACAACGUAAGGGCUACUAAAUUGACCCAAAAUGAUCCAAAAAAACUGAGACUGAUGGGGGCGUUUUUAUUUUCAUUUCUGCCGAAUUUCACUUACCAAACGGCCUCAUAAGCUUAAUGCGUUUUCCUGAAUGCAAAUACCGUUACAAUCUCUUUAUCAUGGAUAUAUUGAAAAGGAACUGAAUUAAACAGAAGCAUUAUACUUGUUCCAUUCCUUAGCAUAUGCCGCCAUUUCCUUCCAUAAGGGACCAUAUUAUAAGUUAAACUGAGAUACAGCGCAAAUACAACUACAUUUUCUGGGCCACCACCACGCUAUUACAUACCAUUCCACUUAUAUAUUUACCAUUUCUGCAGCUUUAGUUUAUGCAGAUAUGUAUAAUCAAACAGAAAAUUUGCUGCAUUGAAAACAUACAACGCUUUCUUGUUGAUAGACCAAAUUUAUCAAGAGCUUUCAAGCGUAAAAAGUAUUUAAUUAGCCAUACAUUUAUAUAUCUUUGUUUGAAGCUAGCUGAACGAAUUUCAUUGAAUUCGAUCAUCAUUUUUUCAUUUUCAUAACGUUACGAGACUAGAACACGUUUUUUGUGUUCUUACAACAAUAAGUUAACAUCAUAGUUUAAACAAAAACGCCAACUGUUGUACCAAGUUAGACUACUCAAAAAAGUGACGCGGACUUGCACACAUCCGCUGAGUCGUUGAACUAGUGAUAACAGUUCAGUGACACUUCACUUAUUUACCAAUCAACUUAGCCCACGUUCAGUUGGGCCUUUGUUGAUUGCCAAAAUUGACAAAACCAUCAUUGAAACCAGAGCUGCAGAGAUGCCGGACUCGAUGAUGUUCGAGACUCUAGUUGAUCUUAGGGAUCAACCGUUUGCAACCCUGGAAAAACCGACAUUAUCAUCCGUUAACUUGAGUUACUCGAUGGACGAAUUGCAUUUGAACAGCUAUUUUUCUGCCUCGCGAGCUUUCGAGUUUCCCGAACGAAAUUUAGUGAAGAACAGUCGUACGCAGUUUUUAGCGUUCCGAAGGCGCUCCAUGAGUUCCCCGACGGAUCCAAGUCUGCAGAGGAUCGAGAGUUUCCAGCAGGAGUUCGAGGCGCUACUGCAGUCGUCAGCUUCGGCACACUCGGUUCAUUCGUUUCUGAAGAAUUGCCGAGAGAGAAGAGGAAGUGUCUCCGAGACGAUAACAACUGAAAAAAUUCAGAAACGGCGGAGGCAGAGCAGCUGCAAUCCACUUCAGACAGAGUUUUUGGCUGCUCAACUGGAGCGGCUUCUUGAUGAAAACUCGAAAGCUUUUUUUGAUAUUCCGGAUGAUCUGGACGACGAUGAUGGCAAAACCGACGAAAACGACUGCCCGAAUUUUUCUCUUGGGUCACCGAAACGAAAAAAUAGCGUCACCAGUCAUUCUCGCCGAGUCUCAUUUGCCCAAAUGCUCAAUUUAGACCCCAAAAUUAAAGUAACUGAGCCAACAGAUGACAAAGUCGACUCAAAAAAUGUUCGAUUUGCAGACAUGUGUGGCAAAGCAUUGGCUGAAAUCAAAUCUUUUCAGAUACUUUCACAGCUUGACUUCAGUGUUUAUGACUCGCUGGAUAAUCUUCCAGACUUUUCGGAUCUAAAGAACAAAGAAAAAUCUCUCCUGCCGCUGUUCUUUCUGCCGACUCACCUUUCGGCUUUCGGACAACAUGUCGCCGAAAACCACGUCAAGUUGGAGGCAAUCAAUGUCUUCGGGUUGCGAGUUGUGGGCUCUGUUCUAGUCGCCAACUUGAGCUUUAAUAAGGAGGUUCGGCUAAGAUAUACACUUAACCAAUGGGAAACGUGGAGUGAGGUUACAUUGUCGUACGAUCAAACCAUUGAGCACGAGAGUUCAUUCGACCGAUUUGUCUUUGAAGUCGAUUUCAAUCGCCCUGAAUUGGACAACAAAGUUAUUUUUUGUAUCAAAUAUACAUGCGAUACUGGGGAGUUCUGGGAUAGUAAUGAGGGCAUUAACUACACAUUGAAGCUUGUUAACUAAAAUGAGUGAUUCAUCAUAAACUGGUAGCAAUUAUUUAACCAAGACGAGAUAGUAGUUUUAUUCUUUUUUUAUAAAAAAAACUGCGUUCAAAAGUAGACACAGCCAAUGAACUGACAAGUUCAUUCAAUCAUUAGAAGCUUAACUCCUUUAGUUUUAGUUGACAUUAAUUUUUAUUACAACAUUGCUGGGACAUGGUUUUCAUAGUCACGUUCUGAGGGCCUAAAACCAUCCUAUUUGCACCCAAAUUCCGAUUGCGAUUUUUACCAAGGAUUUGCCAAAAAUAAUUAUCAUUUGUAGAUCAGAGUCAGCGAGAUAGUUGAAGUCGAUUACUAAAAAUAAAUAAAGCUCUAUGGUAUUUGAUUUUUAAAAUGCUGCCACUAUUCCGACCUACACAUAAUGAUAAAACUAGGCAAGACCUGGAUUCCGUUUUUUGGGAAAAAAUGGGCCCCGUUGAAGUCAAUUCUCGAUUUGUGUGUGGAAUAUAAAUUGCUUUUGUUUAUUAGCUUGCUCAGACUAACCAGGAAAAGUUAUUAAUAGAUUUUAUAUUUGUA